AAGGAAGUUAAUAUUUUACAGGAAGUCAGCGUAAGCUGCCUUUUGUUUUGUUUUGUCUUUGGUUUCUGUAUCGAAUUUAAGGUUAUUUUUUUAUCAGAGUAGUUUGCUAAAUCAGUUAAUAGGUUAUCGUUAAUCUGAUUUAAGUCUGUUAAGUUUAUUUUUUAUGACAGUUGGCGACAUUUUGCGUUAGUUGUGAUCGAGCUUCACAGGCUAACAACAGAGCUAACAGGCCCCAAGGCCAUCUGGCUUUUGUCUGCCCGUCAGUCAAAUACUCAUCCUGUUUAUAUCUAGCAGCAAGUUUUGGGUUUAAAAGUCCUUUGGAAACAUUAGACGCCACAGUGAACAACGUACCAGGACCACUGUCACCCGCUCGUCGGCCAGGUAACGUUAGCUGCGCCGGCUAACAGCAGUUUUUUGUUCCGGACAGUCAGUUGGCUGACCUUACUGACGGACCGUUUAGUCACCAAUACUGACGGGAAACCAACUCGACACCAGUCCAUAGGGGGUUUGGAUGACCAUGUAUGCCCCGCCGGGUUCUACUGUCCCUGGAGGCCGGAGGAGGAGAGGAGGCACCUCCCUGCCCAAGCAGCCGGAGCGGAGCCUGGUGUCGGCUCUGCCCGGAGCUCUGUCCAUCACCGCGCUGUGCACGGCUCUGGCGGAGCCGGCUUGGCUCCGGGUGCAUGGAGGCACCUGUCCGAGACAGGAGCUGGGGGUGGCAGAUGUCCUGGGUUACAUUGACCCCAAGCUUCUGGACGAUUACUGCGUGAACCCGCAGACCAUCCUGCUGCUGAGGGUGAUCGCUGCCUUCUGUUUCCUGGGCAUCCUGUGCAGUCUGACGGCUUUCCUCUUGGAUGUGUUUGGACCCAAGCACCCUGCACUGAAGAUCACGCGCAGAUAUGCAUUUGCACACAUUCUCACAGUACUGCAGUGUGCCACCGUCAUAGGCUUCUGCUACUGGGCCUCGGAGCUCAUCUUGUCCCUACAGCAGCAACACAAAAAGUACCACGGCUCCCUCAUAUACGUCACUUUUGCCAUCAGCUUCUACCUGGUGGCAGGGGCAGGCGGCGCCUCUAUCCUCGCCACAGCUGCGAACCUGCUGCGCCACUACCCCACCGAGGAGGAGGAGCAGGCUUUAGAGCUGCUCUCGGAGAUGGAGGAUAGCAGUGAAACUUUUCCUGCUGAUUAUGACAUUGCCAAUCAGUUUCAGCCGCCCCCUGCCUACACGCCCUAAUGCCGCCAGACUGGCCUUGUUAACACUCGCUUCUCUCUCAGCACGGCUAUUGGCUUGAUGAGCAAAACCCCCACUCUUUAUCAAAUGGAUAUCUUCGCAAAUACUCUCCGUAACGAACACAGCGUGCGCAGUUAGUGCACAAACUCCUUGACUGACAGUGCUUGGGUGCAUGAAAGCUUUCUUUAGUGGUGGCAGAAAUUUAGGAGAUGAUUCUUACUUUCACCACUGAAGUUGUUAGUGAUUUGCAUGUAAAUGGCUUUUAGGAUUUGGUUCUUACAUGUAAAGAAAACUGCAAGGAGUGCUCAACGUUGCUCAUCACAAGUAACAUGAAACAGCCACAGCCGGAUCAGUGCCAGUUGUUGAGGCUGGGCUGUCGGCAGAAUGUCAGCAGUUGUAUUGCUCUGGUUUGGAUCGCGGAUGGAGCUUUGUUAAGCGUCACUUUGAUUUAAUUUUUGAUAUGCUUGCUGUGUGUAUGAUUUUAUUUUCCUGAUACAUCACAAAUGCAAACACUGAGAAGAUUAUUUUAGACAUUUCUUUCAUACAAAGUAUCAAACCAACCUUAUUAUUUAUUAUUUAGUUGUCUGUGCUGUUCUUAUUUUCUUUCAUUUGCUCUUUAAACACCAAUCACUGGUUUAGUCUCAUUCAAUCACAUUGUUACUUGAAAGAACACGAGGAAAUUGUCGAAAAAAUUGUUAGAUCUGUCUUUGUGGUGUUUUGAAAAAGGGUGAUGGCACGUGUCUUGUGUUGGGCUAGCAGCCACAGAGAAAUUGAGAAACGUGUUUCACAAUAAGAGACAUUUAGUGACAGGAACGUCACCACAGAAGUUGGUCGCGUCAUGUUUCUUGUAUUUGAUUUAAAAGAAAAAACAACUUAUUUGUACUUUGUGAUCACCGUAUGUCACAGUUUCAGUAUGUGUUUUUUUAUGCAUGAGUUCUUUCGUGUGCAAAUUUUAAACCUUCAGGCAUAAAUCAUAUGACAACACGUCACAUAAGGUGCCAGCUGAGGCUUAAAAUUGUGACUGAUGUGGUGACUCUAGUUGGUUGUAUAUUGUUCUGUUUUAUCCCAUUUCUGCAUUUUGUUCUUCAGAUUGUCGUCAUAUACUUUCAUCACCAAUAUGUAAAUAUUGAUUGUUUCUACAUAAAAAGUGGUCAUAGUAAAAAUUAAUGCCAUA